CUGAGCAGGCUCACAAGGUGGCUGCAAGUUACAAACCUUCGAAGUUUGACAAAAAAAUCCUCCUCUGGACCAGACGUUUCAAGACCGAAGAUGAGAUUCCUCCAAGGAUCCCGCCAGAGAUGCUAGACAGGGCAAGAAACAAAGCUCGAGUUAAAGCUUGUUACAUCAUGAUCGGACUCUCAGUUGUUGCCUGUUUUGCAGUGAUCGCCUCAGCUAAAAAGGCUGCCGCUCGUCAUGAGUCCUUAACAAGCUGGAACCUGGCAAAGAAGGCCAAGUGGCGGGAAGAGGCCGCACUAGCAGCGGAGUCAAAGACAAAGUAA